UGGAAGAAGAAGACGAACUUAUCAUUUAUGUAGUGGAUUUUAACCUAAAAUCAAACAUGGCGUACUGCUCAACAUUAUCCUUGUUGAGAAAAAAUAUAUGUGUUUGUCGUAUAUUUUCCAAACAGCACUCUAUACUACUACAAAGCGACAUAAUGUAUGGAGUAUUGGAUCAAUGCAAAAAUGGUUUACCAUUCCUAGGCGUACAAAACUGACAGCUGUGAUGAGACAGGGAGCCAAACAACCAAAGUCAGACGUUCGAAAUAACGCCAUGUGCUUUAGGACAAUAGGGGUACCUUACCAGCAUCUUCGUAUAAUGCUUGGUAUAAUGUGGGGGACAUUGCUUCUUUAUGGCGCAUAUGAAGUAUUAAAGACAGUUUAUACAGAUCAGACUUCUUUGAAGAAAAACUACAUAUCCUGGGAUGAAUUUGUUGAACUGUUUCUUUCAAAAGGAAUGGUUUUGUCAGCUGUCAUUUGUGAGAGUUUCUUUCCUGAAUCUGAUGACAAUUCUGGAAAAAACAAAAUAAUGAAAUAUGUUUAUAUAAAGCUUGAUCCUGAAAAAGUGAAAGAGUCUUUGGAAAAUGGUGCCAUACCUCGUCACAUAAAGACCAAAGAUGGACAAGAAUUACACAAUAUUGAUGGCAGCAAUGUGAAGGUACAAGUAGUAGUGAGGAUUUGCGGUGAUGAAAGCUUUAGAGAACUGCUACAGGACUGCCAGACACGGGGAGUUAUUCCACCAGGCCAGCCAAUCCAAGUUUUUUCAAUGUUCAAUAAGCUUUACUUCGCAUACGCUGUGUUCCUGUGUUGUGUGCUGUUGGGCUCCGGCAUGACUAGGCAGCUGCGGAAAAAAGAGAAGUUUGAACUUGCUUUAGCCUCACUCAAAAAGACAGUAGAAGAACCUUUGAAGGCAGAGAUGUUUGCGGAUAGGAAACAGGUUUUUCUGAAAGACAUCGGUGGUUUGCAUGAUGCCAAGGCCGAGCUUCAGAAGGUUGUAAACUACUUCAAAAAUCCCUCCAUGAACAUGGUUUUCCAAGCAUCGAGGAACAUCUUAGUGACAGGGACAGCUGGCACAGGAAAGAGAUCUCUUAUAAGGGCCCUUGCUUCGGAAUGUCAAGUCCCACUGAUAUCGGAACUGCAGAUUUUCAUGCAUUUGCUGGACUUCUAUCUGGAUUUAAAUAGUAAAGAAAAGCUCCUUUUUUUGGCUGAAACCAAAUUUGCCUGGCCUGAGUCCUUCAUUUUGUACAUUGAUGUCGAUGCCAUCGUCAGAUUGCUGAGAGACAUAAAUAGAAUGACGGAGAGGGAUCUGAACGAAUAUAUUGAAUCUCGCGAAUUCUGGUUGAAACAUAUAGGCAACACUAGUCAUUUUGUCCAGCUUGGCGUUUAUAAUGAGGAUGAUACUGUUUCGCAGAAGGAUUUGCAGAAGUUUAUAUUUUCAAAGGGAAUGUUUAGUCGACUUAUUAAGGUCGAAAUGCCUAACUACGAGGAAAGGCUAGAGAUUGCUAAGGUGUGUUUGAGUAAAUACACCGUGACACCCAAGCUGCCUGACAAUGUUGUAAAAACUGUGGUCCAAUUGAUGGAUGGAAAAACAGGUGAAGACAUUGAUUCGUUGUGCAGUCAAAUAUCAAUGAGUAAAUCAUUGAGUCCCAGACUGAAACUGCGACCUGAUGACCUUUCUGAUUUCCAGUAUGCAUGUGAGAGACUGAGCCCAGGGAACCCCAUUCUACCAAGCGUACCUGAGGCCACGGUAUCUAACCCUGACCUGAAUGAAGUUAUCACAUGCCACAAAUUGGGACACGCUCUGGUUGCUAUUCAUCUAAAAAAUACAGACUUCAUACCUUUCUUUUCUAAGAAAAAUUAUAGUCGGAUUGGUUUCCAAGGUUUCUAUAAUCACAUGGAUAAGAGAAUCCAAACUUGCUCACGAGAGACCUUGGAUGACAUUUUGUGUCACUACAUUGCGGGCUGGGCUGCAGAGGCGGUGAUGUACAACACAAGCUCAAGGGGUGGAGUUGACACUUUACAUAAAAUGAAGGACUUUGCACUCCAAUGCAUUUUGCCCCAAUCCAUUCACGAGAAGAGCCAGGAUUCAGUAGAGCAUGCACCCAAAACAACUGGAGAUCAACAUAACAUGCUGUAUCCAUCGCAACAGUUCAGAGACAAAAUAAGGGACCGAGAAGCUCAACAACUGAUAGGGAAGGCUUUCAAGCAAGCUGAACAAAUUCUGAUAUCGGAGAAGAAAACUCUGCAGGAGAUGAUAAAGAAGAGUUUGAGGAUGAGUCUUAAGGAGCCCAAGAACCUGAGCCUGGAGGAUGAGAGGAAUAGGUUUGAGAAUCUAUUGAGCAUGGUGUCGCACGAGGGCGAUCAUGGAAUGGGUAUUUUUAAUCGCGGGAAAAAGUAUGAGGACAAGAUCAUAAGGGACUGUGGUCAACUGUUUGUCUCUCCUCAGAAGCCAGAGGGCUGAACUAACAUCAGCAUGUUGGGUGUUAAGGAUGUGAAUAUCAUUUAAAACUCAUGGACUGUAGACGAAUUAUUGUAUUGCAGGCUAGCUGGCGUGUGUCCAAAUCAAUAGAACAACAAUAGGGCAAAUGUGCAGGAAAGAAAUGAGUUUGCUUUUGUCAUCUUGGCUGAUGAAAAUUGGAAACAUUCCCAAAAGAAUGGGUUAUAAGUAGUGCGCAGAAAAGGUUAAAGAUGGUACAUUACUGGUAAAUGAAGUCUAAACCAGUGGCAUACUGCAUGACAGAUGGACACAUAUACAGUUAUGGAAGCACAUGGUAAUACAGAAUUGUUAAUGUGAUUCACUGUUUGUAUUACCUUUCAUUGAACGGUGUUGGUUUAAAAUGAUUAACUGAUCUAAGACAUGAACAUAAAACGCAACUGCCAGUAUUAUUUUCAUUGAAAUUAUUUACAUUUUACAUAGAAAUAUUUAAAAGUGUAUGUCUUAGGUUAACCUAUGUCUUAGGUUAACCUUAAAGCAGGCCUCAACCCUACAACAUUUUGUUAAGCUUUCUAUUUUAACAAAUAAAAAUGUUUUGUUCCAGUAAAACAAGUGUUUUGUAUUAAUAUUAACCAAUAAAAAAAGAGUUGUUAGGUUUCUUGUGAUAAAUAUAUGGUGGGCAUAUUCAAACCUAAUCUUUUAAAUUUGUCACAUAUGUUUGCUUCAAAUUUGCUUCAUAUGUUUACCUCAAUAAAAUGUGUGUGCCUA